AUGCCCUCUCCCAAGAAAAUAAAAAUCAUCUCCAGCAAUACAUACCAAACUGAGCAUGUGCAGUGUCUCCAUACGAUAUGUCUUAUCAGGAGAUAAGAGGGGUGAACUGGAAGAAGGGGAAGAUCAGAAAGAUAGAAUCAGACAUCCUUUUUACACAAUACAGAGGAUUAACCCACAGGUUCAUUUGUGGCCUGAACACUUCCAUUCCUAUACCUGACAGUACCAGGGCGGACUGACAACUCAUGGGGCCCCCAGGCAAUAGGGGAUCAUGAGACCCCUGUGUCCUUACCCAAACUCAAAAGCCUAU